AUGGAAGGACAAGGGAAGCCUCCGCCUUAUAAUUACGGUGCCAUUCCAACAGAUUCUGGUUAUGCAGCUCCACCGCCUUAUCCUGCCGCAGGUAAUCUACCAAACGUGGAUUCGUUGUAGACGCAAAAAAGCCUCUAAGUGAAUGGUAAAACCAGGCUUUGGUGUCUGUGAUGAAAUCUGCUGUUAUGACGGCUACUUUACUUCUCAGAAAAGCGUUUCGCUUGGCGAGGAUUCUGAUGAUUUUGGGGACAUUUAGAAUCGUUAAAAAUCAUCAGUAAUUGUAGACGUACUCGUACGAUCUAUUUUGUGAAAGAUUACAUGUUGUUUGAAGCGCGCGAAUGCCUGAUUAAUUAAUGAGAAAGAGGGCAUUGAAUAGAUGCUUAUAACAUGUUGAAAGCUCCCUUUCUUCCUCCUAAUUCAUUUAUCAUCCCACCAACUGCUUCCUUUGUAUCGCUUUUUGCCAUCUCUGGUCACUGAUGGUUUAUUGUCCGAGCAGACGCAUGUUCAAAUUAGGCAAUCAUGUUUAAAAUACCCCUGUGGCCUAUUGGUUGCUCAGUUACAAGGGCCAUGACGAUAGGAAACAGUUCUAGCCAUCAUUUUUCGAGCUGGUUAAUAUUUCAGAGGCAACGUGAUGAACACUGAACUGGUGUCUGUGCCCCUGUUAAGUCUGAUCUCACUCUAGCCUAUACCUGAUAACUAAUUUCUCAUGGAGGAAAAAAUCGAUCCAUGGCAGCCCUGCUUGACUGAAACAUUUCCAAAUGCAUAGCUUAGCCCCAUAAUUAUACAAAAUAGUAGGAACCCAUCGAGCCGAAAAAAUUUGGAUGUAUGACAGUACAACUGUACGACUGUAUGACCGUACGACUGUACGACCGUACGACCAUACGACUGUACAACCAUACAAGGUGCUACUUUUAACAUGCGUGGUCAACUGUACCGCGGGCAUGCCAAUGCCACGGCUUUGUCCAGUAGUCCAGUGGUCAGUGCACUGGGCUCUGAGUCGGAUGACUCAGGUUCCAGUACUGGCCAGGGUAAGGCGUUUUGCCCUUGAGACAUGUGGAAAAAAAAAAUGUGAGCUCCGCUUUUAGGCUUGGCCAAGUCUUUAUAUUAUAUCAAUUAAUAAUGGUAAUAGGACUGAGUGGAGUCCAAUUUGGUCUGUAAUCAUACGUACCUACGUCAUGAGUAUGAUUACAGACAGAAUUGUACGACAUGAAGUCCUGCUACCAAUUAAUCAUGACCAUUACAAUUUCCAAAAAAAAAAAAUACAUUUAGGACAAACAUCUCCAGUAGGGACAAUGUCUAAAGCAACAAAUUUGGAAAUUUCCCAGUUCUUUUUUUCAGAACAAGUGGUUGUUGCUAUGGUUAUUGUGAUCAAUUCUGUGAUUGGUGGAUUUAGCAGAGUGACUUAGUAUUAUUGGCUGCUUCAACUGUCUGAUCAUAGGUGUCUGAUUACAGCCCAAUGUCUGAUUACACUGUCUGAUUACAACGAUACAGAGUGAUUAGUGAAAUAUAAAGCAGCUGAUGCACCAAUCACAUUUAAGGAAAUUGUAAUGGUUAUGAUUAAUUUGGGGUCAACCAUUCUAGAAAAGAAACUUAUUUCUGACAAAUCAUUUUUUGGAAAAUGCUGGAAUUUUUGAAGAGAGAGCUCUAGAUGGGAGUUUGUGUUUAAACUACUCAGGAGAUCUUUGAAAGUCUUCAGAAAUCUCUGAGAUCUUUUCAUACAUACAGGUCCCCAACAAAAACAUUUCUUAUAAUAUUAAAAUAAAAUCUAAUGCUAUGUGCUCAGAAAAAAAUAAAGUUGACAGAUGAUAAUAAUAAUGAUAAUGAUAAUGAUAAUAAUAAUAAUAAUAAUAAUAAUAAUAAUGAUAAUAUUUAUAUCGGAUAACCCCAUCAGUUUAAUGACACUGGUAAUAAUGGGUGUCCUAUAAGUUAAUUACAGUGUUAACAUCACAAAAGGUAUUACUAUAUAGUGUUGUAAAGAAAAAUACUGAAUAAAAUCUAUCUAAAAAUUUACUAUAGUAUUACUAAAAAGUCCUUAAUUUCCUUUGAAAAUUCAGUAUAGGAGUUCUUGGUCUUCAAAUGGCAGGUGAGGCUGCUGUACUUGUUUGCCUCAGUAAAAUAAAAAAGACUUCUUCUAACCAUAGUGUAUGAGUAUCUGAACAAUUUCUUGUUACAAUUGUGUGGAUGGAGCUAUUUAAAUGAAAGUAAUUAUUAAAAUAUGGUGUUACUGAGCCAUCAAGGCAUUUUCUUGUUAAUAAAACUAUGUGAAGUUUCCACCCAUUUCUAAGUGGUAUAAGACCAACAACAGUAGUCAGCUCACUGGCAUUCAGACCAAAGUUUGGAAGAAUUAAAGUGUUGGCAUUGUUCUGUAGACUCUCAAGGGUGUCCUGACUUUGACAGCUUUCUGGGUAUAACUUCCUCCUAUGAAUUGAAUACAUUGGACAGUAAACAGCUUAUGAGAGUUGAUAAACUCAUCAGCAAGAGUGUCAUGAUGAAAUGAAACCAAAUUCUCUCAAUUCAUAUAGAUAUAUAUUACAUUAUCUGGAGAAGCAAACUGUGAAUGAAAUUGUGGAGUUACUUAUUUUUAGAAUUGGGAUAUUCAAGUGACCAAUGACUUGUUCAUACUUCUUUCAUCAAUAAAAUGAAAAAAAUAGUGACAAACGCGAGAACACAGGAGCAAAUGGGAUUUUUCCUCAAGUUAAUAUUAGCAGGUUUUUUUAUUUAUUUAUUAAUUUAUUUUAUUUCAGCACCAGGGUAUCAACCACCACAGCCUUAUCAAGCUCCUCCCCCGAGGAUGCAGCCUGUGGGACCCACAACAACAACAAUCAUUACGCCACCCACUCCUAUCAUUGUGAACAUGGUUUUUGGUGAAUCUCCUGUUAGCAUGGUCUGUCCACAUUGCCAGACACAUAUUAUCACAUGUACAACAUAUCAGGAUGGUACUCUAACAUGGUUGUCAGCUGGAGCUCUAUUACUUUUGGGGUAAAUUGAAAUUUGAUCCAUCAUUUGAACGGUAACCUCAAUUAAGUUUAAAAAUUGAAAAGUGUUAAGUGACUAAUCAAUGGAGUCUGGUCAUCAGGUUGGGCACUGUGCCUUUCAAGGUCAAUUGAGUUCAAACAGUUGUUGGUAAAUGAUGACAGCACUUGGAUUUUAACUAUUUAAAAAUGUAAUUCUGUCAAAGCCCACUAAUCUUAGUGGUGUUAACCUAUUUAAUGGCUCAAAAAAAGAAAUAACAAGAUGACCUUUGUUGUGAAAUCAAAGCAAAGGAUACAUGAAAUACUUCAGGGCUGCAGUGGAAUCUCUGAAGGACUAAAUCUUUUCCUUUCACUCCAUGGGGAACUUUUAAAAUGUUUCUUCCCAACAGUAUGCAGGAUUCCUUUGCAUUAUGAACCUUAAAAACAAUCUAUCUUAUCACAAGCUUCCUCAAGCUUUUAAAUUAACUGCUUCAUUAGAACUCAAGUUUUUUCCUGUGUCCCAUGCUGGUAAUAAUCAAAAUGUUUCAAAAUUAAUUGAAUUGUUUUUAAGAUCUUUCUUUAUUGAUAUUGUUGUUUUACAAUUUAAUCAACAGAUGUUGGCUAGGUUGCUGUUUAAUUCCAUUUUGCUUGGAUGGUUGCAAAGAUGUCAUUCAUUCUUGUCCAAAUUGCCAUGCAAGGCUUGGCAGUUAUCGCCGAAUGUAGACUGUUCAGCAGAAGACACAUCACAAGGUGGAAGUACAAUAGUAGUUCUUGUCAAGCCUGAACUAAGCUAUACUAGAUAUCAUAUCUAAACCUCAAUAUAUUUUCCUUGUCAAAACCAACAGAAUGAAAGUAAUGUAAGAAAAACUAUAGAAAAUAGAAAAUUUAUAUACUAUAAAAGAUUUACUAAUUUACAGAUUUACUGAUUUUGAUUUACUGUAGAAAAUAGAAAAAAAAAGUUUUGUUAGUUAAAAUAAUACUGAAAGAGUCUUGUAAGCUAACAGUUUUUGAAAAUGCCUGCUCUGGGUGUCCAGUCUAAAACUCCGAAAAAAUGAAGUAAAAAAAAUUUUUUUUGAUCAAAAUUUUUUUCUGUUAGUUAUUGUAAACAUAAGGCUAGAAAGAGAUAGUGUUAUUCUUGUGCAUGGUGUACGCUUAUGCUUUUAGUAAUUUUUAACUAAUAAACACUUUUGUUGAAGUAGUGCUGAUUUUUUGUCCUUGGUUGUUAGAAUAUUAGGUCUGGUCCAUGCUUACAACUUUACAUUGGUGUUAGAGAAAUAUAUGUAACAGUUGUGUCGUUUUGUUCUUUCUAAUACUUUUUCUCUUGUGUUCUUCACACUGAGGACGAAAACAUUAGUAUAGCAAUUAUUCUGGUUAAACUUGGCAUGUGGAAAAUUGAUUGAGAAUGAGAGCAGCUGUCUCUGCAGUAGGCUUACUUAACCCUUUAACCCCUAAUAGUGAUUACUAGCUAUUUUCUCUUAUUAAUAUCACCCCUAAAACAAACAUUGAGGUUAUGAGAAUAAAGGAAAUGAUCACCAGCUAAAGACGCUCUUGAUUGUUAAACGAAUUCUCUUUGUUAGUGCCAUAGGAAAUGUAUAGGGAACAGUGUGGAGAAAAUGUAUGCUGAUGUUAGGGUGUAAAAGGUUAAGAAAGUGAGAUACCCACCAUAAAUGAUUUGAAAGAGUAUUUCCUGUAUGUGACUUAAGAUUUUUUUUCUGUUAAUUAUUGUAAACAUAGAGCUAGAAAGAGAUAGUGUUAUUAUUAUGCAUGGUGGAGAGGAAAAUGAAAGGUAGUGGUGGACAGAGUUUGUUUGUCAUGGGACAAAAAAUGAAAUGAAAAAAAUUCACUUUAAUGAUACUGCCAGGUAAUCCCCAUAGCAUUGUCUUUGAAAUUAUUAUUUUUCAUAGUGAUGGCAACUUUGAAUUGAAUAUCUACUUUUGUAGCUGUGUUAUAGACAGAGUGCUAAUGUAGUUGUAAUAGGAAGGUUAUCAUGAUAGAAAUUUCAAGAGAAAUUCCAUGAAUUUUAUCACUGUGUUUUGUUUUGGCUUCUCAUCCAACUACGAUUGCAAAUAGAAAAGAGACCUCCCAGUGUUGUUGUUGUGUUUUAUGACCCUUCACCCGCAACUGAGAUCAUGAUAUCAGCUCUCUACAUGGUCUUCCAUAUAUUUCCUAUAAUUUUACUUCUAAGAAUUUGGAGUUGAAUCCAAAAGUAUCCCAUGUUGAUUGAAUUAUUUCAUCUCAUUAACUUUGAAAUGUGUGAACUUUAUGAGGAAAAAUUCUGUUUUGGUCAAUUCUGGGUUUGGGGAGUGUUGUAAACCAGUUGGGUGUUAUGGCUAAUUCUAUUUCCUUUU